CCAAACCUUAUUGGACAUGUUCUUAGGCAGCCUAGCGUUGACUUUCAAGUUCAGACAUCGGCAAAUGACCUCGUGCCCUAUCUUCAGGCUGCUGAGUAUGAUAUCGUCAUUGGCCACUCAAUCGGUGGGCUCGUAGUAAUAUCGCUUCUCAAGUUCCUGUCAAAAACAAGGCUUACUCCAAUGGUUCUCGUCGACUUACUUGUGGAGUUGACAGCAGAUGAGAUAGCGCAUCGGAAAGAUGCCACAACUAACCUCACUGCAGAAGAUUAUAUGGCAUUGAAUUUUCUAUGGACGAAAAAAGAUGCCAUUUGGAGAGUGUUGGGGACCCGUAUUGGCAGGGUUAAUCAUGAUUAUCACAUAGCAUCAGUGUUUGCUAGUAGCGCUCCAGAAUCAACGGUGCUGCGUUUCUGGUCCCGCAUCCGCGACUUGGUGAUGCUUCGAUUUAGCGGCGUUUGA